GUCCCAGCGUUGAGAGAAAAAGGGAACGCGCUGUAACAGAGAGAAAGCGUUCCAGUAAACCGCUAUAUAUGCCUGCAGACUUCAUGCUACUCAGAUCAGCUGAAAUCCAGGCUGUGGUUUGCGUUGACGCGUCUUCUUUCCGCUACAUUGUUCCGAGGGAUGAACUUUGAUGCCCAUAUCCCAUCACUGCUUUACCCGGGUGUGUGUGAAGCGCUGAAGACAGAUGCAUAUUUCACGAUUCCCCACGCAGUGUGUGUCACCAAAAGCAACGUGAACUUGGUUCAACAUCCUUGCACAGUACAACAGGCUCGCUCCACGGAUUAAAGCUCAUCUGUCGGGCAGCGCUGCUGGGAGAAGCCCACACUCAUUACAUCUGUACCACUGAGGACAUCAUCGUUGGAAAUGUAAGAGGGAAAAGGAUACCCUCAUGCACUGUGUAGACAUGAGAGCACCAAGGAGCAUGUGAAGAUGUCCCAGAAGGCAGUUAAAACAUGGUGCCUUAGGCUUCUCCCAGUUCUCCUCUUCUUCAUCUCCUUUGUCACAUAUUACUGCUCCUAUGCCAUACUUCAGAGCUACGGAGGCACCAGCAAGUCUCUGAACAGUAGCAAGUCGCUGUGUGGUGGCUGGCUCACCCAGAAGAAGUGGGAGAGCCUUAACUUUAGCAUUAACAGACAGACUCAGCUCUUUCUGAAACUGGAGGAUUUCUUCUGGCGGGAGCAUCUGUCAAAGCUGCCAUUACCUUACGGCAUUAAGGGCAGCGAGCUGCUGCUACUGAAAGUUCUUGCUGUAAUUGCAAAUUAUCAGGUGCCAGCCAGCAUUGAAAACCUGGAAUGCAGAACGUGUGUAGUCAUAGGCAAUGGCUUUGCCAUUAAAAACAGCUCCUUGGGAAGCAUCAUCAACAAAUAUGACGUGGUCAUUCGGUUGAAUGAUGCCCCCGUGAGAGGCUAUGAAGAGGACGUGGGGAACAAGACCACCAUGAGGUUCUUCUACCCCGAGUCGGCCUCCUUCAACCCUGCACUGCACAACGAGCCCGACACGCUUAUGGUCCUGGUGCCUUUCAAGCAGCAAGAUCUCCGCUGGCUUAAAGAGAUCCUCUAUAAUGAGAAGAGGGUCAGCAAAGGCUUUUGGAAGCCUCCUCCUCAAAUCUGGUUGGGUGACUUCAGUAAAAUCCGAGUGCUGGACCCCCACUUUCUGCACCAGACUGCAGACCGGCUGCUCCAGAUCCCUCUGCACCCCAAGAGCAAACAGCCAGUGCAUCCUACCACGGGCAUCCUCGCUGUGUUUGUUGCUCUGAAUUACUGUGACGUGGUCCACAUUGCUGGUUUUGGAUACCCUAACACAAAAAGCCAAAGGCACCCUAUCCAUUACUACGGACAUGACACCAUGAAGUCUAUGAAGAAUUCUUACCACGACCUCAAUCAUGAAUCUGAAGCCUUAAAACGACUGGAGGAUUCGGGAGCCAUUUUGUACCUGCACCCGCAUUUAUGAUGCACACACUUUUUUUUUUCACAGUGCGAUGUAAUCCAAAAAAAAAAAAAGUGAUUGAACA